UCUCCGUCGCGCUGAAAGCUUCAGUCUGAUUCGAGCAGUUCUUUCAAGCAGGUCGAAGUCGGAUCGGCCCUAUUAGUGAAGGCUGGGCAUACUGUAAAGAGAGUGUUGUACGUGUAAACCCAACUACAGUGUACCAUUUCGACUCUAGCCGACCACGCGUAUGUGCAUUGCGGUCUUCUAGUCUUGUCUAUCAAGUUUCCAAUAUCAAGUACACAUUUUUGCAUAAUUAUCGCUUGAAAUGAGCACAAGAUCGUACAAAGCCUGAUUUUGAGCAAGGGUUUCGGACGUUCGGGUGUUCUUUGUGCUACCGCGAAAUCAGAACGCAAUAAUUAGAACAAGUGAAUUACUCAUUGCUUGUGUAAAGAAGUGAAGGAAAAGGACCUAAAUACGACUUUGAAGGUGAAAAUAAAAGUUUUACGUUCGGGAGCCUCUUUGUGCCGCGAGGGAGAUAUCUCAGAGUGUGGGGGAGUGAAGUCAGUUCAUGCGCUCAAUCACGGCGGUUGAUUUUAGUGUGAAAAAUAAACGAAACGGGGAAAAACACACAUCGUGAAACGGAAAAUUUCGGUGAAAAUUGUGUAUGGUUGCUGACCGAGAAUCGGUUCUGAAGCUGUUAGUGUCGGAAGUGAAUAGCAGUGCCAGCCGGAGUUUUCAUCGCAUUUGAGCUCUGGUGCAACCAUGAGUGCCUUCAUAGAACCCUGAAAGUGUUACAUUUGAGAUCAACGGAAUAGUAUUUUACUCUGAUAUUAGCGUAUUGCAAGGUGACGCUGUGCCAAAAUAGUGUAAAAGUGUAGAAUAUUGGGUUUGUCCAAUAGUCAGUCAGGAUGUCCAACAGGAAAGGGCGGAAAGUCGCUAGGACUGAUAGUGAUAUAGCAUGCGAGGAAGCGUCCAGGUUAACGGCCGAUCUACAGGACGAGGCGUCACCUGAGGAUGACGAUGGAAUGUGUGAAUACCAUGAUAUGCCGCCACCACCGGAUGGCGGCUACGGAUGGGUGAUUGUGUUUGCGUCGUUUAUGUGUAACAUGAUAGUGGACGGUAUUGCGUAUACCUUCGGUGUGUUCCUGAAUGAUUUCGUGGAGUACUUUGGCGAAGGCAAGGGUACGGUUGCGUGGGUGGGUAGUUUACUUAGUGGAAUGUACUUAAGUGCUGGUCCAGUGGUGUCUGCCCUGGCGAACAAAUAUGGCUGCCGGGCAGUCUGUAUAGCUGGUAGUGUAAUCUCCUGCGUGGCAUUUGCUCUCAGUACCUUAAGCCCAAAUGUGACCGUGAUGAUGCUGACCUACGGCGUUAUGGGCGGUAUCGGAUUCGGGUUCAUCUAUCUGCCUGCCGUCGUUGCCGUCGGAUAUUACUUUGAAACGAAACGUUCCUUGGCGACGGGCAUCGCUGUCUGUGGCUCCGGAGUGGGAACUUUUGUUUUCGCUCCCCUGGCCAACAUGCUGCUGGCGAAUUUCGACUGGAAAAAUUCCACUCUCAUAUUAGCUGGUCUAAUAUUGAACUGCGCAAUUUUCGGUGCUAUGAUGAGACCCCUCACCUAUCCAAAGGAAGACAAAGUCAAGCCUUUAAUGCAGCGAAUGUACGAGGAAAAACGUAUGCAAAUGGAGCGUGGUUCAAUCGGUGGUUCCUAUUUCAUGGUGCAGUUACCGGACGGUACGAUGGAAAAAAGACUGAAGGCUCCUCUGAAUGCCGAUCCGGGCGUACACUCGAGCUUGGCUCUGGAUCAGCUGGCUGCACAACAGGGUAUGACAGCGGUGGCCACUUUGCCUACCAUCACGGAAGCCAAGGUUCAAGAGCAGAACGGCAACUCCAGCAAUUCUUCAUCCGAGUCCGGCCAGAUCGAGAUCAAGAAACCACUGCAGAGGAAGCGUACCGCCAACUCCGAGUCCGAUGCCAACGAAUAUAACUCUAACAACAUGCCGCGCAAUGCUUCGCAACCUGCUUUCACCAGUAAUCAGUCGGGUAUUCCAAAGAACGGAUCCGUGCCAACUUUUGACCGUGUCCGUAAGCACUCGACAGGUGAAAGAUUUAAGCCAUCCUUAGCUGCAAUUAAAGCAAGCUCUAGAGGUGAUGUUGGUAGUAACGGAGAUGUACGUAAAACUAUGCAUUUAAAACUGUCACGCGGUUCCUUCAUCGGCAGCAAAAAUAAUAACGCUGAAGAUUUUGAUGAUAGUGUCAUGUACACGUCGAAGGCCUCCCUGAAGGCGGAUCGUCCGCAAAUGGUGCGCCCGCUGUCACGUAAGGAUAUCUUCUACUCGGGAUCCGUUACCAACCUGAAGGAGUUCCAGUCGCAGAAGUCGCUCGCCAGCUAUCGCAACUCCGUCAUUUCGUUGACCAAAUUCGAACGCGAGCACAGGGGUGACGUUGUCCGUGAAGAUUUGGAGAAAGGGGCGGAACAGUACGAUCUGUGUCCGUGCCUGGUGCUUCCCGAAUCCUUCAAGAAUGCUAUUGGGGCUAUGAUGGAUGUGAGCUUACUGCGGGAUCCUGUAUUCAUGAUGAUUGCCAUUUCGAACAUUUUUGGCAUGGCGGGGUUGUACGUUCCUUUCGUGUACUUAGUGGACGCAGCUGUUCUUGAUGGAAUUGAGGAAAGCAAAGCCACGUUCCUGAUUUCGAUCAUCGGUAUUACCAACACCUUCGCUAGGAUUUUGUGCGGUUACGUUGCCGAUUUCCCGAAAGUGGACGCCUUGUUUAUGAACAAUAUUUGCCUUGUGAUCUCUACGUUUGCCGUAUCGCUGACACCGUUCUGUCAUAGUUACUACGCAUAUGUUGCGAUGGCAAUUGCAUUUGGAAUAGCAGUUGCUGGCUACAUCUCGUUGACGUCAAUUAUUCUGGUUGAUCUGCUGGGCUUGGAUAAGCUGACGAAUGCCUUCGGUUUGCUGAUUUUGUUCAGAGGAGCUGCCACCAUCGUUGGGUCACCACUGGCUGGAGCACUGUACGACGCGACGCAGACCUAUUCGAUUCCGUUCUUCGUUGCCGGAGGUCUGUUCGGUCUGUCGGCGAUUUUCAGCUUUGCUGCACCAGCAACUAAGAGAUUCCGCAAACAAGAGGAAGCGCCGGUCCACGUGGAGGUGCUGACCCCGAUCGAUGAGGAACCAUCGGAAGACCUGGCCGACGAUGACCAGCCCAUCACAAUACUACCAAAGAUUGUCCAAACCGCACCGAGUCCAUCCACGGAACAACAGCCAAUCACUUCCAAUAUCGCCUCCACAAUCAGCAACGAUGAGCGGCAGAAGCAGAAGCCGGCCAACGGCAACAGCAAGGAAAUUAGUCAGAUGGAAUCCGUACUGUAACCGGCUACGUACUUAGAGUACCCACACACACACGUGAUCAUCUCACACAAAACAAGUAAAACACGAGUUUAUGCGCGCUUGUGCUUACAAUUGUAUAUUUAUGAUAUAGGACGAACGUGUUUUGAUUAUGUUAUAUUUAUUUAAAACAAGGCAAAAUUAUUGAAACAGUGUCAUAAAGUGGAAAAAGUUGUCUGUGAGGAUACCAAUCAGAGUAUAUAAUUAUUAGGAACAACUGAAACAAAUUGCUAGUAAAACUAAGAGCGAUGUGUGAUUCGACUGUGUGUAUUUUUUGUAUGCGUUAUAUAUUUUUACGAUUGUUUAGUUUUGACACAGCUACAAAAUAAUGACCGAAUUAUUAAGGACCUAGUAGAUAUGCAAAGCUAGUUAACGUGAAACAUCCAAAUCUGAAGCCAAUGUUUACAUUAAAACAAAAAAAACUAUAGGGAAACUGAUAAAUUGUGAAACAAGAGUAUUAAUUGGUUCUAGGUGUACAUAGGAAGAGUGAGUGUAUAAAUGAAACAAUAAGAAUGCGUUUUAAGUUUACUCAACGAUAAGGUAUGUCAAAGAUUUACAUCUAUAAGAGCUGUUUUUUUUUCUUUUAAAGAGAGUCGACAAACAACAGAGUCAUUAGAGAAGCAACAUGUAGGAAUGAGCAGCAGGAAUAAUGCUUAUUGAACAAGCAUUCUUUUUUCGGUAGGGUAUAUUAAUUAUUGUAAAACUGUUUUUUGAUAUUAGAAUAACAAGUUAUUGGAAAACCAAACCAAUUCACUUUACCAGUAGCCGCUCUAACGAAUGCUGAACUCUAGCUAGUAUUGCUACCAGUAUAAUGCGCCAAUGAGAAAUUGUGUCAUUUCAUUCGUCGUGUAAACCGUUUGUCUUCAUUGAUUUCAGAAUUGAAUGGUUACCGUUCAUUUAAUUUAAUUGAAUGAAUAAAGAAUAACUCCUUUUUUUAUUGGUACUACUAUGAGUUGUACUUACUGAAACAUAUCAUAUCACCUUUAGUUUGGGAUCUCAAGUCGUACUUCGUAUUCGCGUAUACCAAGACGUGAAAUAAAUCUUUAAUAUUUGAUUUCCUUAUUAAUUAGUUGAAAACUAACACAUUGUUUAAAAUUCCGGUGCAAGCCGUAAUGGCGCGGCGAAUGAUUUGACUAAACCGAAAAACAAAACCCUGAUACUAAAUUGCUGCAAGCAUCCUUGGGAUGAACGAAAAACGCUAAAAUUAUGAAUACAAAUGUUGAAAUUGCGAAGAAAUAACACACAAAGCUACCAUGGAAAAA